CGUUCUGCCAUGAACGUUCCGGUUAUGCGGAAUGAAAAUAUCUGGUUUUUAAUUGCUCUUUCUUUUUGCCUGAACACACCAUACAUUUCUUUUUUCUUUUUUUUCAUACAGUGCAGAUAUUUUUUCCCCUAUAAAACAGAUGCAUACACCUGAAGCUUUUAUGCAUUAAGUCACCCUGUGAGCCACCAUGCGGAUGGGUAGUAUUACCGAGCAAUGACUGCCUCACUGAUCACUUUAAAUAUUUAUAAAGUGAAGCGUUCAGUUUGUUUGUUUGUUUGUUAAUAAUGGUUGUACUUCUGAGAAAUCUGCAAAACGUUGUUCCGAUUCGUCGUGCCAGGCUGCGAAAAGAUGUGGAGAUGCUGAAACGCAUUUUGGGCGUUCAGAGGUUUGACAUGGGCAUCGUGUGUGUGGACAACCGCAAAAUCCAACACAUCAACAACAUCUACAGGAGAAAGAACAUGCCUACAGAUGUGCUUUCAUUCCCUUUUUAUGAGGACCUGAGACCAGGGAAGCUCCCAUGCGCCCUUCACAGAGAUGAGUAUAAUCUAGGAGAUAUUUUCUUGGGAGUAGAAUAUGUAAUGCAACAGUGUCAAAAAAGAUCCUGGGAUUUCUAUGGAACCCUCACAGUAGUUACUGCACAUGGAAUCUGUCACUUGCUUGGGUACCGACAUGAGACUGAGGAGGAGUGGGAUGAGAUGUUUCAGAAAGAAAAUUACAUCCUGAGCGAGUUCAACAGACUAACCGGCAGUCAUCUUGAGCCUUUAACAAAGAGAUGCACAGGAGACGGGUGACACUGGAAAAAUGACACUGAGGACACUGGACUUUAAAGCAAUGAAUAAGACAAUCGCCUCCAUUGAACUUGCUGUGCUACUAAAACUGACUUAGUUAACAUUAAAACAAUUGUGAAUUCCAUUUAUAAAUAAAUUUUAUUUUUAAAAUGCA